AUGUGUAAUACAUUUUCAUGCUUUGACCAUACGGUGUUAGUAAAUGGGACUACUCCUUUAAAAGAAGAAGAGAAAGCGAAGACAAGUUUUGAUGUGAGAUCUGAAGAAGCAAAUAUAGGUCUGAGAUCUAUAGAUGGUGAACAUGUUGCGUCGGCCACGUGGUCAAAUGGUUGUGGACAGAGGAAUGGCUCCGCCAUGGACAGUAGGAAGCUAGAAGAUAUUGAUGAUGAGGAGUUCGAUAUCCCUCCUCUGUAUGAUGACACAGAGUUUGAGAGGGAAGAGAUCCCAGAUCUGGACUUUGAGGAUGAUGGUAAAGAACUUUGUAAAGGGAAGUUGUUUGCAAACAAAGAGGAUUGCCAGAUUGCGCUAGCGAUAUAUGCUAUUAAGAACAAGUUUCAUUUUAAGCAAACAACAACGAAAAAGGAUUCGUUUGUAGUGAGCUGUACUGGGGAGAGUUGUGAGUGGAGGGUUCUAGCAAGUGAAAUGAAGGAGUCAGGAUACUAUGAGAUUAGGAAAGCAGAUCUUGAACACACUUGCCCCAUAGAGACGAGGAGAAACUAUUUGAAGAAACUAACCUCUAGGGUAAUUGCUGCUGUUUUCAAGUCGAAGUACAGUGAUCCGAGUAAAGGACCAGGCCCACUGGAUCUGCAGCAAAUGGUUCUUGAGAAUCUUAGGGUGGGGGCAUCAUACAGCAAGUGUUGGAGGGCGAAGGGGAAGGCUUUGGAUGGAAUGUUUGGUUCGGAUGAUGAGUCUUUCGAAGAUCUUCCUGCAUAUUUGCAUGUCUUAAAAGAAGCUAAUCCAGGGACAGUUACUGAUUUAAAAACUGAAGUCUUAGAAGAUGGUGGUAAAAGGUUUUUGUAUAUGUUUUUGGCAUUCGGGGCAUCAAUUGAAGGUUUCUGCAGGUUGAGGCGUGUUAUUGUUGUGGAUGGUACUCAUCUAAACGGGAACUAUAAUGGAGUGCUGCUUACAGCUAGUGGGCAGGAUGCUAAUUUCCAGGUAUUCCCGCUAGCUUUUGCAGUAGUAGACAGCGAGAAUGAUGAUGCUUGGACAUGGUUCUUCGAGAAGUUAGAAAGAAUUAUUGCGGACAGCAAAACCUUGACAAUUAUUUCUGAUAGAAACGUGUCAAUCUACACGGCUAAGAAGAAAGUUUAUCCGUUGGCACACCAUGGAGCUUGCAUUGUUCAUCUUGCUAGGAAUGUGAAUGCCCGGUUUCAUAACAAAGGUCUUGUGAAACUGGUGACGAAAGCGGCAUUUGCCUAUAAGGUAACAGCCUUUCAGGAGACAUAUAGGCAAAUAAAGGCAAAGAACAGCAACUGUGCAACUUACUUGGAUAAAAUUGGUGCAGGCCACUGGAGCAGGGCAUAUUUCCAAGGAAAUCGUUACAAUUGGAUGACGUCAAACAUUGCGGAGCCGUUGAACAAAGCUUUGGGUAAGGGUCGAUCGUCACACAUUGUUGAACUACUGAAGUUCAUUCGUGCUAUGUUGACACGGUGGUUUAGUGCGGGGCGUAAGAAAUCUGCUAAACAUCAAGGAUUAACUACCCCAUAG